ACUCACUCAAAUGAACAAUUUCAUUCAUUCAAUUAAGUCAAAUUAAAAACGAAGGAAGCGAAUCAAAACAAAUAAUUUCAAUAUCUGUUUUAAAAACAAUCUGACUGACUCCAGUGAGUUAUUAUUGACUGUUCGUGGCAGGAUGCAGAAGUAAUGACAAUGAGUAGAAUUUGCGUAUCGUUUGCUAUAUUCUUAUUUGUUUUCUUAAGUAAGUGCUAUGGAGAGGAAUACAAUUUGUCUGGUGAGGCUGGACAAGCUUACGCGAUAGAAAUCAACGUAGGACAUCCACAUCAAAAGCUGAGCGUCCUAGUGGAUACAGGCAGUACAACUUUGGCCAUAGCUUCAUAUGCUCGACAAGACAGUGAUAUAUACUUCCAGUCAAAAAAUUCAAGCAGCAUUUAUGACAGUGCAAAAGAAGUGCAAGCUAAAUAUUCUCAAGGCAUGUGGGUGGGCCGUCUAGUAACUGAUUUUAUACAGUUUCCAUCACUCCCAUCGGUGCCUGAGGUGAGGAGUGAUAUUGCACUCAUCACAAAGAGUCACAAGUUCUUCAUGAAUGGAUCUGGAUGGCAGGGUCUUCUUGGCUUAGCCUACCUGCCAGUGGGCGCAUGGGGCGAGAACGUUAUAGUGGAAUCCUGGCUGGAUUCUCUGGACCGUAUGCUUAAUAAACCUAUGUCAUUUAAAUUAAAAUUGUGCGGUGCACACAGCGCGUACAACGCUACGCAUAUUGGCAGUUUCAAGAUGCUUGAAGACGACCCAAUAACAAAUCCCAAUACAAUGUUUCGAACAACAAUACUUCGCAAACGUUGGUACGAAGUCGGAGUGAUAUCUAUAAGAUUGAUACCAAGCAACGCUUCUAAUACUAUUACAAAUAAUACUACUUUUAAACAACUGACUACUGAUAGUGACGCUAAAGGUGGAUUCUCAGAAGUGAAUCAAGAAACUUGUACCAAACUGAAUGACGAGAAGAGUAUUGUGGAUAGUGGUACCACAAAUAUUAGGUUGCCUGACUUAUUAUUUAGACAGGUUGUGGACGAAUUAAGGAAUGCGGCUCAAGCAUCGAAUGUUCUCAUAUUGGAUGAAGUUUGGUACCACGGCGAGGCCGCCUGCUGGCCUGAACCUCAGGAGUGGUCGUUGCCGUGGUUGGCGGUAGACCUUCUAAACGAUGACAAUGACCGUCAAUAUUUUACUUUAGAGCUACCACCCCAGAACUACAUGCGGGUGGUGACGGCACGCAAUAGCAGCGAGCACAGUGGCUCGGUGUCGGAGUUCUGUUACAAGUUGGGGUUAGAAGCGGGCGGCAAGGAAACCGUACUGGGUUACACUGCCAUGGAGGGUUUUGAGGUUCUGUUCAACAGAUCAGCCGGCUGGAUCGGUUUCCAGACAUCCAACUGCGGUCCAAACGCCCGCAUCAGCGGCCCUUACAACUUCUCCCGUUCUCUAGUCACCUACUGCCAGCUUACAAGGCCUGUUAUCGACACAGCUAUAUCUAUAAAAGCCGCGCAAUGGGCUCUAUGCGUCGUCUCUAUCAUAGCUGGAGGCGUUUUAGUGUAUCUGCUAGCUCCUUGCGUGAAAAUGAUGUUGGUAAAGCAAAUGCCGAGUUCGCCGCAGAUUUCGCUGUCGCAAGCUGCGCUGUUCGAGCAAGAGUCUGCCUAGGGGCCGUCUCGCAUUAGUGUGUCGUCAGCUUAAGUGGUUAAAGCUCGUUUUGAUUAGUACGCCAACAACAGGGUUACUAGGCUCAAAUAUUGAAAUAGUAAAAAGUGAUUGAAACGAAAACAACUACCAUCAAAAUAAUAUUUAAAAAUAUUGUUCCACCAAAACCAAGUUUUAAAGACAUCUGUUCGGUUCGAUCGUUUGGCUUGAGUUCGAUUCCCGUAUGCAACAUGCCAAAAAUAUUACUAAGUUACGUGUGUCCAUUGUCACCCUCAUGCGGGCGACAUUUCCAGACUCAAUAGUUAAACAAUGGGGUAGUAGUAAAUCUAUGGGUUUGGAUGUUAAAAGGAGAGUCUGUAAUGACUUUAAUGUGGUAUUUAUCCAUUAAUGUGACAUUUAUAUCACUAUUAAUAAGUUACGAUUUGAUUAAAACCCAAGCUGAUGACACACUAAUGUGUUAUACGUCGAAUUCUUAUGAUAAUAUUAUAAUAAUUAUCUUUUAGAAAAAAAUAUUUGAAGUGGACUUCAAAUGGAUUUUGGAAAAUUGGAAUGCAUAAUAUUGAGGCGGCAUUGCGACCGUAACGGGCGAAUAAGCGAAGAUUGCAUGAAACCGCGUCAGGAUCUGUGUGAACGCUUAUAUACAAUCUUAAACAACAAUUUCGGCCGAAACGUGCCCGGUGCCUCCUCUGUGAGCUUCGAGCGAGAGCUUAAAAAACACUUAUUUCUUUUUUAUGUAUGACUUGAUUUCGUGAUUUGUAGAUCAAAUACGAUAGACUUUAUUGCUAUAAAAGUGUUAAGGGGUCUAAAUAUCUAUAGGGUUUGAAAAUUCGCAACUCUCAAAAAGUCUAUCUUUAGUACCUACUGAUAUGCGGCUUUAUUAUUCUUAGCCUAUGAACUUCUCUUAAACACUUUUAUGCUUUACUGGAAUACUUUUGAAAAAGGCCUUGCAAGCCGUUAAGAUAAUGUAUAAGGUUACGCUACCGGUAUGAAAUUAUUAAUAUUUCCUAUUGGAUAAUCAAAUCGGUAGGUAUCGUAAUUUCAUACCGGUAGUAACCUUAUAAUCUUAACCGCUUUCAAGUCCGGUUUUUUUAA